GGCGGCUCCUCCUCCUCCUCAUCUUCCUCCUCUUCCUCCUCCUCCUCUUCCUCCUCCUCGUCGUCAGGGAAGUUCCGGCGGCGAGCAUGGCGGCCCCCCUGGAGGAGCACCAGAAGGACCUGGAGGAGGUGAAAACUUUACUGGAAAAGGUGACGAGGAAACGAGUUCGGGACGUCCUAACGGCAGAGAAAGGCAAAUUAGAGUUGGAAAUUAAGAACAAGAUGCAGCAGAAGGAGCAAGGGAAAAGAGAGACGGCUGACAGUGAAAAGCCAGCAGCUGUGGUUGCCCCCAUUUCAGUGGGAUACACGGUGAAAAUCAACAAUUACGGAUGGGAUCAGUCGGAUAAAUUUGUGAAAAUUUACGUCACCUUAACCGGAGUUCAGCAAGUCCCUUUGGAGGAUGUACAAGUGCAUUUCGCAGAGAGGUCAUUUGAGCUUCUGGUGAAGAAUCUAAAUGGGAAAAAUUACUCCAUGACAGUCAGCAACCUCUUGAAACCUAUCUCAGUGGAAGGCAGCUCAAGAAAGGUUAAGACCGACACCAUCCUUGUGUUGUGCAGAAAGAAGGUGGAUCAUAAAUGGGAAUACCUGACCCAGGUGGAGAAAGAUAGCAAAGAAAAGGAAAAGCCCUCCUUUGACAAUGACACUGACCCCAGCGAAGGGCUGAUGAAUGUUCUGAAGAAGAUUUAUGAAGAUGGGGAUGAUGAGAUGAAAAGAACCAUCAAUAAAGCCUGGGUAGAGUCAAGGGAGAAACAAGCAAAAGGAGACACAGACUUUUGAAAUGAAAUGAAAAAGGCCUUCACCGGACCCCCACCCCCGGAGCUGGGAUAUCGGUGUUUCCAUCCGAGACCGCUGCUGGGCUGCGCCAAUCAAUUCGACCAGUGCAUACUUGUCUACACCCUUCCCAAGCAGAGACAGCUGUGAGCUCCUCCCAUUUCAUGCUGAAGAAUUUAUUUAAAUAAAAUGUGCUUAAACACUUCCU